AGAUAGGGAUCCGACUUAACCGGCUAUGUGUUUUCAGCGGGAACAAUCCUCGUGGUUUCUAUGAACUGGAGUUUGCAAGCAAGUCACCGGGUGUAUAGUACCUCCAGGAGUGAUGUGAUAAUUGUUUGGCUAACUGGCCGUGUUAGUUCCGGUGGCGAUAUCAUGCAGGAAACAUUUCUCAUCUGGAAAUUGCUUUGUUUCACUUAUAUUCUAGCCUUAGUAAGACCAGUACCGGAGAAGAUACCUAUUGGUGCUAUUUUUACUCCUGGCUCUGAAGAAAUGCAAACAGCGUUUAAUUACGCAGUGUCAUAUCACAACAAUAAUGACUCUCAAGCUAGGUUUAAAGUGGAGCCUGUUGUUGAAGUAUUAGAUAGUGAUGAUUCUUAUAAAAUUGGACAAACAUUGUGCUUACAAAUGGAGAGAGGUAUAUUUGCAUUAAUAGCACCAACAAGUGAUCCUUCAUAUGACACAUUUGCUGCCUAUUCAAACACAUUCCAGAUGCCAUUUGUUAGUCCAGCAUUUCCGCAACAAACGAGCUCCGACAGACCAGCCAAUAUUGGGGUUAGUUUGAGGCCUAAAUAUCUAAGAGCAGUUGUAGAUAUCAUCAAUUUCUACAAAUGGAAAACGAUCAUCUAUCUUUAUGACUCCGAUAAUGUGUGCUUACAAAUGGAGAGAGGUAUAUUUGCAUUAAUAGCACCAACAAGUGAUCCUUCAUAUGACACAUUUGCUGCCUAUUCAAACACAUUCCAGAUGCCAUUUGUUAGUCCAGCAUUUCCGCAACAAACGAGCUCCGACAGACCAGCCAAUAUUGGGGUUAGUUUGAGGCCUAAAUAUCUAAGAGCAGUUGUAGAUAUCAUCAAUUUCUACAAAUGGAAAACGAUCAUCUAUCUUUAUGACUCCGAUAAUGAUAGAACUCCAGACAAUUGA